GGGGCGGGAAGGGUGCCCGGCCGCUCUCCCCCGGGGCCGGCACCGUCGUCAGAGCCGGCGUAAGGCUGGGCCGGGGAGGAAAAGGCAGAACAUGGAUCGUGGCUUUUUCUUACGGUGUUCAGCAGCCCCUGCUGUUUGGUUUAGGAAGGUAAAACUGCAUUUGCGGUGUCUGCACAGCCGAUUUAUUUUGCACAUUCCAAGUGAAGAGAGAGACAAUGCAAUCAGAGUGUGUUUUCAGAUUGAACUUGCCCAUUGGUUUUAUCUGGAUUUCUAUAUGCAAAACACACCAGGAUUACCUCAGUGUGGGAUAAGAGACUUCGCUAAAGCUGUCUUCAAUCACUGCCCUUUUCUACUGCCUCAAGGUGAAGAUGUACAGAAGGUUUUAGAUGAGUGGAAAGAAUACAAAAUGGGAGUGCCAACAUACGGUGCAAUUAUUCUUGAUGAGACACUUGAAAAUGUUCUUUUGGUUCAGGGUUACUUAGCAAAGUCUGGUUGGGGAUUUCCAAAAGGGAAAGUAAAUAAAGAAGAGGCUCCUCAUGACUGUGCUGCUAGAGAGGUGUUUGAAGAAACUGGCUUUGACAUAAAAGAUUAUAUUCGCAAAGAAGAAUACAUUGAGCUGAGAAUUAACGAUCAAUUAGCACGGCUGUACAUCAUUCCAGGAGUUCCCAAGAACACAAAAUUCAACCCUAAAACUAGAAGGGAAAUUCGGAAUAUUGAGUGGUUUUCCAUUGACAAACUACCAUGCCACAGAAAUGACAUGACCCCGAAGUCCAAGCUGGGGUUGGCACCUAACAAAUUUUUUAUGGCAAUUCCUUUCAUCAGGCCACUGAGGGAAUGGAUUUCCCAGAGGAAUGGAGAUUCCUCAGAUAGUGACAAUGGAUUUUCAUCUACAGGUAGCACACCCUCUAAGCCCAACUUGGAAAAAGCUAGAUCCAAACUUCGCUGUAGUCAGCAGGUGUUUACAGAGGGCCUUUCAGGAGAGCAGUGUAUGAAGCCAAAACAGCCACAGAAGCCAUAUAAUCAUCCUGAGAUGUCUGAAGCUUUGAAAAUAAAGAGUCAGAGCUUGAGGAGCAAUGGCAGAAAACAGUAUCAAGAGACUUCCAGCCAAAAGAAGCGAACAAAUGGAGUCCACAAUCAACCAGUUAAGCAAAAUCAUACUUUGAAAUGUGAAAAAAGGCUUAAUCCAAGAAGACUUCAAGAUAACUUUGAAACAGCAGAUGCAGUGUAUGAGAUGUAUUGUUCCAGUGAAGAUCCACUGCCAGAACAUGUAGAGGGACAUUCUGUGGCAUGCAAUGGCCAUUACAAAUUUGCUUUCUCAUCAAGAGCUUUCCUGAGUUUCAAGUUUGACCAUGAUGCCAUAAUGAAAAGUUUUGACCUCUGACAACAAACAUUAGGAACAAAAAUCAGACUUGCCUGUUGCAAUUGAGGGGGUUUCUUAUCCAGCCUUACUCUUUCUCAGGAGUUUAGUUUUGUUUGUUUGUUUUUAAAUGCAAUGCAGGGACUAACUGGUGGUUUGGAAGGGUUUGUUCUCUUUGCAGUAUGGGAGUGGCAUAAACAAGUGUUGCACUUUAAAUGCAGUAUAGCCUUUGUCCACAAAAGUACCUUUCCAGUGUUCAGUUCACUUGUUCCUAGCUGUGCAUUAGAGGGCAUUCUUUUUUUUGUGUGUUGUUGUUGGUAUUUUUUGUUUGGUUGGGUUUUUUUGUGUGUGUGUGGUUUGUUUUGUUUUUUUUUUAACUUACUGUGUGUUUUGUAGAAUGUCAUUGACUUUUUUUUAAACUGUUGAGUAUAUCAGCUUGGUAAACUUUAACUGCUCUGAUGUAAAUUAUUGGACUUGUUACUCAUUAUCGUGUAGCACAUUGCAAUAUUAUGGCAGUGGCAAUGAAACUGAUUCUCAGAGGACUCCUCUGUCCCAGUGAUUUUGAAACCCAAGUUGCACAUUUCAAACCUAGCCUCAGCCUAUUAUUCUUUCUCUGUCCCACUUGCUUGCCCAAAAUACCUUCCCUCCCUCACACUGGUAGUUUCUGUUGGCUGGAGAUCAGUAGUACUUCGAGUCAGAUCUAUAGCAUGUUUACCUACUCUGCCUCCAUCUUUAGUAAAGAUACACAAACUGGGUAGAACUUAGCCAUUCAAAGUGUCUAGCAUCAACACUAAUGCACUGUGCCCAGCUGGGUAAGAAGAAGUUGCAAAGUUUUGUGUUAUCCCAGUUGCAGCUGCUUUAAAAAAGAAAAGCUUAAAUUUUGUCUUAUGAGAGGUUACUUCUGUAGAAUUUAUACUGAAUGUAAAUAAGCCUCUAUAGAUCUCACUGAGGAGGAAGGCAGGUGCGUGGGUAACAGGAGUAAUUUUGUGACACUAAAUGGCUUAAGCCAGGUUGCAAUAACUAUUCUAAGGAUGUCCAGUAUUCUAUUCUGUGCUGUUGUCCUCAGAUCUUUUGUGUAGUGUAUGCUCUGUAUAUACUCAGUAGUAUUGAAUUGCACUUGCAGUCAGCACUUAAAUUAUGUAGCCUAAGUUUUUUUCAGCUACAACACUUUGUAAGUAAAAUAUGGGGGGAGGGGGGAGAGAAACAGAGUUGAGGUGGCAAAGUGUUGAUUCACCUUCCUGGUUCAAGUAAAGGGGUUUUGAACAUGUGCUUUGCAGUUGAGAGAAAUGCACUGAGAUAACUUGUCACAGCAGCUUGCAGUAGCAAGCAUGUUGUCCCAGACUUAAAAAUGGACUUUUCUGUAAAAUAAAGGUGAGUAAUUGGUAACUGCAUAGGUUGAAUAAACUAUGCCCUUGUCUGAUGACAGUGUGUGCUCAUGCGCUGGGUCUUUAUGCAACUCGUGUCAUCCAAAAAUGAAAUCCUGGUCUUCCUUCAACCACCCUACUUCAUCAGCCCUACCUGAUCUGUUACCUAGUGCUUUUCCGCAGAAAUAGCUUUAGAACUAUCUCCGCGUUUAUUUAUCUGCCAGGCACCAGGUGAUUUGGGAUUCUAAUGCUGUAAUAAGCUGGUGAUAGGAACGCUGAACUUCUGUAUUAGUCAACAGGAGAAGCAGACUGCAGCAUUUCCUUCUGCUGGAGGACAAGAGUCCUGAGGGCCUUGUCUUUCAAGACCAAAUCUUGAAAUAGUUCAAUCUAGCUUUGUCUCUUUUUGUUUGUUGUUGAUUUUGUUGUUGUUGUUUUUGUUUUCUUUUUCAAAAAAGAUAUCCAAAGGCUGUUCAAACCAGUAAAUGGCAAAGAACAGUAAUUAAGAAGGUGGUAUAAUGCUGGAGGAGGUUGUUACUGAGCUUCAGCUGGAAACUGAUCUUUAGUUACUUCUUUAGUGUAAGUAGGUGAUUUCCCAGCAAAAGUGCCUUUACUCAUGGUGAGGCAGAAAUUUGUAUUCACAUCCUGAGGCUGCUACUGCCUGUGGAGUUAACAGGACUCUCUUAAGGCAUGAUUAAAUAUCAGGCUGUGGAAAUCUUUAAUAAGUAAGUUGACUUCUCAGAGGAGUUAGUUAUAUUUCAUCUAGUGCUCUGUGAAAUAAGGGGGAUAUUAAUGAAAGAGUGAACUUGGAGCUUCUGUCAACUGUUUGGGAAAUCAUGUCCCAAACAGAGAAAAUCUUUAGAAUGAAUCAAGUAUGUCCUAUGAAUAGGAUAUGCUGGCUGCCCUGUAUAUUCACUGGGUCAUUUUUUUCUUCUUGGUGAACUGGUUGCUUCAUUAAGCAACCCUAAGUGGGGCUUAUACAAAUAUCAUGAUUUUAGUAAAUCUAGCCUUAAUGUGAGUUGCAAAUAAAUGUGAUAAAUAGGCAAUAACUUUGUAGAAGAGCACUGUUUCUUGUAGUAGCAUUGCUUUCUGCUUUCUCAAUAAGGUUUCUGAAACAAUGUAAGUGUGGUGGCAUGUGAUCUACCUUAUGGGUUCCAACAUGCCCUGCACUGUGAACGUUUUUAAUUGUUUACUAUUGUUUGUGUUUUUAUUUUGUCAUCCUUUUAUAAUUAAGUAUAUUUUUUAGUUUAGAAGUACCGUUUACAUUAUCUUUUGUAAACCAGUGAAGAAAUAACAAGUGAGAUAAAGAGUUUAGUUCCCUGAGUUUUUAUUUUAUGGGAGCUAGACACAGAGAAACAAGUAACUGUUUGCAUGUCAGGCUUGAGAGCUGAUGUCAAGAUACUUGAAAAAUAAACAUUGCUCAGUUUGAGAAUGCUUGCCCGCAAGGGGUUAUUCAUAUUAUUAAUGGUCAUUCAGUGUUCUUGAAAUUGAAGAAUUUAAGAGAUUAAAUAAACGUUUAACAAUAAACCUAUAAAUGUGUGGGUGCUGGGAACCUAAUACUAGUUUGCAGUUUCUAGUACUACAUACACUCCCUGCUUUUGUGUGAGAUAUUUAGCAUCUCUCCACCUUCUCCUUCUCCUGCUCUAAACUUUGAACUCAGACUGAAGAGUUAUUUGCCUAACUGAAGGACUUCUGUGCUGAAAUGCAAUUAACUUCAACUUGAUGUACAUGCAUGCUUUUGAAAGUAGCUGUGUCUUACAUAGCCUGAAGUCUGGAAGCAGUGUACUGGGAAGAAGAGGGGAAAUAGCUUUAUUUAUUGCACAAUCAAAGUUAUUUUUUUAACACAGUGUAAAUUCUUUAGAUCAAACUUGCAUAGAUAGUUUCUAAUAAAAUUUUGAGCCUAGUCGCUGGUCUAAGGUUCCAUGCUGUUCUUCAACCUUCUCGAUUUAAUUUGGUGAUUGGAGAACAAGUUGUGUUUUUCCUUUACCUAUCUGUGGCUGUAAUAAAUGUAACAGUUUUUUUUGAAAACAAGGCAGGCUUUGGGCCUGGCUAUUCCUAACAGACUUGCUCUCAGAUUGUAAAUUCAGGUAAGAAAAUACUUUCUUCAACUUUUAUUUGCUGUAGUAGAGUUGCUUUUUUGAUUUAUAGUUUAUAGCUGCACUCAUGUCAUUCUGGUGUGAAGCACAAGAGUCUACAUUAAAAAUCCAAGCUGUAAUAUCCUGUGGUGCAAGACAGUGCUGCUGCUCUGUGGGUGACUGGCUGUCCAGUUGUAGGGUCAGUGGGCUGUUCAGUCCUCAUCUUCCUGUAUUUAACAAAUUCUGAGCAACAGAGAUGUUUUCAGAGGUAAAGUCAGGUGUCUUCAUCUUUUAAGUAAGGAGGUUACACUCUAAAUGUGUUAGGAAGCUCAGUAUUGAGAACUGGUAGAAUAGUCUCACCUGUUGAUUUAAAAAUCAGUUUAUUUACAAAAAUUAAGUUUUGCAUGGUAAAUGUUAAAUGAUCUGAUGCUUAUACUUGGCUCCAUAAUUUCAGAUUUUUUUUAUUAUUACAAAAUUUCAGCUUUUGAAGCAACCAAAAUUAACAUAUGGUGGAUUUCUACAAACUAAUCUAAGGUGCUUUUACAGUAAAUCAGGCUUCAUAACAUCACUGCUCUUGCAGAAUAGUUUUUUGUUCUUCUGCAUUUAUAGCAAUAGUAUAGUUCAAGAAUUAAAGUAGGCUAAAUACUAGUAUUUGCACUGUUCUUAAUUCUGUACAUAAGCACUGACAGAUGCAGUAGGAUUUUUACUGUGUGCAUUUCACUGUUUAUUUACUAGAUUAUGACUUUACAAGGAAGACAAUAUAUGUAGCAAUGGCCACAUUCAAAAUCAUACAAGAGGAAGUAUUCUUGAUUAGAAGUAGUACAUUAAAAUUAAAUGCUCGGGUUUUAACAUGUCCUUUCAUUGAAAAUGUUUGGUUAAGCUACACUUGACUUACUGUAUAAAUUCAUCUCUACAGAAACUCUUAAGUUGCUGCCAGCUCUGGGAUACUUCUGGGAAGGAAGUAAAAUUCUCUUCAAUUCCUCCUUCAAUACUUGCAGGAAAAAAGAAAGGUUGCUUUUAAGUAGUUAUCAGAAUUUUGCAGGGUACAGCAUGUUUAAAUUUGAAUAGGUUCAUUUUGAAUUUACUGAAAACACUGAGUAAUUUGUCAUUGUUAAGCAUUUGUAUUGUUGAUCAGAGGAACUGGCUUCUAGUUUCCAUUUUGGGUUAUAGUUCAUUGCCUUUAUGGAAAUUAUUACAUCUCAUGAAGCAGUAAAAAAAUUAAAACAAGGCACUUACAGUUCUUUAAGAAUAUAAAUCCUGCAAACUCAGUUCUCUACAACAUGCUUCCCACUGUGAGAAAAAGUUACUUUGCAAAUUUGUUGAAGUGUGUUGGAGCAAAAUCACUGAACUAGGGAGAUGAACCAUUGGUACCUUGCUGUUUGGGUAAAUUUCUGUUAUGCAGGAAAAGUAUGCAAAACUGCUUAAUUAAGAAUUCUCAGCAAAUACUUCUCAAGUCUAUACUUAAGACAGGAUCCUUAAGUAACAUUACUAUGUCUGCAUGGCACUGCAAUAUGUGGAAGCUGUACUUUAGCCCUGAGGAGCAGUUUAGCUGGGUUUGCAUUUAAAACAUUAAAAAGCAAAACAGACUCCACAGGAGGUGGGGUUUUAUUCAUUAAUUUUGGCAUAAUGCUAGAUUGCUAUACAUGUUCCAGGACCCAGGCUUGCUCAGGUAUUGCUGCCCAAAGAUAACGCUUCUCUGUGCAGCAUCGCAUGCCUCGCAGAAAAAUAGGGAGCAGUGUUUUAUUAUAUGGAUCAUGCAUGAAGGGUAAUGGCUUCCUCCUUUUUGUUUAAAGCUCAAGAACUUGAUCUGUUUUCCUCACUGGUAUGUAAGCAGCAUAUUGGUGCUAAUUAAGCAGAAAGUAUGUACAGCUAAUAGGAUUAAAACGUGUAAAGAUACAGAUAUUUCUUUUUCCUAUUUCCAUUCUGUUAUCUGCAAGAAAAGUUUGCAUUAGUUAACUCUUCAAUUUUAGUAAAUAAAAAUCUCUAACCACCUGUAA